GCCGUCACAAGCCAGUUGGAGCCCAGAGUACCAGUUUCCUUCGCCGGCUCCCUCCAGCGGGAGCGUCGUGUUGCGUGGUCCCCCCCUCCGCCCCGUUGCUGCAAUUCUUCAACGGCGGGUGGGAACUUUUCUUACGUCCCCCGAGCUGUUAAAAUUCAAAUUACGUCGUGGGCGUAAGCGGCUCCUUAUAAUGGCGACCGUGCCGUAGAUGUGCCAGGGUUUGUGAAAAUGAAGCGAAGAAGAAGUUAUUUCUUUUAAGUGACACGCCGAGGUUUCCCGGAGGAGGACUUUUCGCGCCUACGAACCGUCGUCUUUACGAGUGGUAAAACUUAGCUGUACUUUUGAACUUUUAUUCCCUUUUCGAGAUGAUGAAGCUCAAGUCAAACCAGACCCGGACGUACGACGGGGACGGCUACAAGAAGCGGGCCGCCUGCCUGUGUUUCAGGAGCGAGAGUGAGGAGGAGGUGCUGUUGGUAAGCAGUAGUCGACAUCCCGAUAAGUGGAUAGUUCCUGGAGGGGGAAUGGAGCCCGAGGAGGAUUCCAGUGUUGCUGCUGCUCGAGAAGUGUGUGAAGAGGCGGGUGUGAAGGGGACUUUAGGGCGCUUAGUUGGCGUUUUUGAGAACCAAGAGAGAAAACACAGAACCUUCGUCUAUGUCCUUAUUGUAACAGAGCUGCUGGAGGACUGGGAGGACUCGGUCAACAUUGGGAGGAAAAGGGAAUGGUUUAAAAUAGACGAUGCCAUAAGAGUGUUGCGGUGUCACAAGCCCGUGCAGGCCACCUACUUCGAGGCUCUCCGGGAGAGCUGCCUGACCAGUAACGGAACGCCGCUGGUGGCCACGAUAAGUGGGGACCUCUCCCCGACCUACAGCAUCAAUCAGAGCUCCGUCUCGGGUAUCAGAUAACUAAAACCAUCCCUCUGACACCGCCGGGAGCUUUCGCCACCACUUGCGCUCUUACUCGUGUCAUUUCUCCUCUCUUCUGUCUCGAUAACAUGGUUUGCCUUGCCAACUACUUUGUGCCAGAGCUGCUGUGGCACACACUUGAUGACCAGUGUUGGGUGAUUAGUCUGAAACACUUUGUAAAUGUAAUUUCUCACCCUGAACCUUGUUUUUUUUUUUUUUUUUCUUUCCUUCUUUUUACUGACAACUGCAUGAAAUGUCGUCUCCCCCCUCAACGCGCCCUCAGCGUGGUGUUUAUUGAAUGCAAGAACUACUUUUUACUGUUGUAAUGUAAAAGUGUAUACUUAGUGCUUAAGUGGAAGGCUUUUGGUGGUCUUUUUAAAGUCUCCAUUUCUUUCUUUUCACAUAUCUAUUUCUUUUUUUUCUUUUUUGUGAAUGAAUGUGCCCAUUAGUGUGCCCCCCCCCCCCCCCCCAUUAAUAAGGAUAGGAUAUGUUGUCUGUAUCAGAAGGAUCCGAAUUGUGGGAAGUGACUUGUCUUGCAUGAGCACUGUUACGUUGCGACAGACUUAUGAGGUCUUUUCUGAUUCUUUUUGUUCCCUUAUCAUUGUCAUCGAUGUCUCAAGGACUCUUCCCCCACACACACACACACACACACACACUAGUUUGUGUUCCUCUCUCAUUUGGGGAAGCUAGCCGAGCACUACAGGCUUCAGUCCUCCAACAGAGCGUCGUGUCCACUGUGCAGAGUGGAAGAAUGUUAACACGCCACGUCGAAGUGAAACCCCUUUUCUCCGCAGCGUCUUCACCUCCCCUUCGAUCCCUUUUUGUUUAACCCCGUCCCUCCGGCUGACUGCAAAGCCCCUCUCUCCAAUUCCUGAGAGAGUAGAAGAUUUAAAAAUCAUGGACUUGCAAUUUCAAAAUGCCACACAUAUCACUUAAGUUAUUAAAAACCCAUUUCCAUGUUUUACUCCUCACAUUCAGUUUGGUUCAAAAGCGAUCGUUUACGCUGCUCGGAACAGCACCGGUGACGUUGGUGAGCACUCGUCGUGCUCAUUUUCCUAUUCAUUUUUCACCCCUUUUCAUUAUUUAAUCGGCAUCCCGGGAAAAGACUCCAAAACAUCGAAAGUAAUCCAAUCUAUAAUGCUGGUGCAGAACAAACAAGCCUUGUACAGUUUGAGACCUUUUUUUGUUUUUAACAUGUAAAAUGCUUUUGGAUACUAGCUUUUUGUUUUCAUGUGUUUUCUUUCUCUCCAACGUCUGGCAAAAAGCCGCGUCACUCGUCCUCGGUGCGGCGUGAGGCGGCGGGCUCAAUACUGUGAAACUGGAGGCGCUUGUAGAUAGCAAGUUAGAGGUUUUUAUUGUAAAUUGUUUUAUUUCUGUAUAGAUCAAAAGGGGAGCGGACAGAAACACCUGUCGCUCCCCGGUGAGUCGGACGUGUCAUUUCACCGGAGGCUCGGAGGAGCUUGAGAUGGAAGCCGGUACGUCGGAGGCGAGCGGACGAGGAAUGUGGCUUUGGUGGUUGGCGAGAGGGAGGAGCCCAAAUGUGUUUUUUAUCCAACCAAAGCAAACUUGUACCAGCUAAGGAAUACCGUCUGUUGGCUCAGCGAUAGUCCGAGUUUCCAAACCACUAAUUGACCAAAAAGUGAAGCAGAGCUGGAGUUUCUUGCAGGGUUUCUUCUCCAAAACGUCCCAAUGAUUCUGUGGUUUUCUGGUCAUGAUUAGAUCUGUGGUAGCUGCAGUCACUUACGUUAAUACGGCAAACUUUAAGGUAAACUGUUGCUUAUUUUAUGGAUCUAUCGUACUACGGGGAAAUGUUUGCUUGUGUCCGUCUGACAAAUUUGAGAUUGAUUAUUCUGACCUUGCAUCUCGGUUCUGGUCUCCACCGACCUCUGAGGGUAAAAAAACAGGCUUCUUCACAACUAAGUGCUCGACUAUUUUCACCAGCUAGACGCUAACUUUGUCUGCUGUCUCGUGCUUAUAACUUAUAAAUAAUUACAGCAUUUUUUAUUUUUUUUUGCACUUAGCAAAGUGUCAUGAACCGCGUUGGUUAUAGCAGCUGUGAAGGAAGGAAGGAACGUAUUCUAAUACAAGUUAAUCCGUGAUUACUUGUUGAUUGUUGAAUUGCUGACACUCCUGGGAGCUCCAUGUUUCUGAAGGAAAACGAGUGAAAUGGUUUCAUCUUGGUUCAAAUUUUGUUCAAUUAAGUUUAAAUAUUGGCAGAAAACCACAGUAUCAUGCGUCCAGAAACGUAAGUAGAUAGAAAGAAAGGCCUUCGUGGGAAAUAACACGACUGGAAUCUGAGCAAGAAGGAAAAAGGGGCCCAGGGUGUCAUUUACUCACGGCUCUUCCUCCUGGCUCCUUUAUGACCCUCCCAUGGAAAAAAGGAGUCCGAAGUCUCCUCUACAACAGGUUGAGACUUUGAUUAUUUUUAUUGCAGGGUGCCAGAGGCGCGUGGGGGCCAAUGUCUCCCUUUAUGAGGCCCCACCUGUCACUUCCUGAACAGACUUUGUGUCGAUGAGACUUUUUAAGUCCUUAUUGAAAUGCGCAACCGGACGGCGAGGGCUUGGAUCUGUACACGGCAUCAAAAAAGAAAUCAAAAUUUGACGCUUGAGUUGAGCGUUGCUGGUUGGAUGAGGGUGACAGGUACUGUCAAAAUGAAUGUGAGGAGGACGUCCACACGUAACAGCCAAUGACCGAAUUAUUAACGACCACUUGUUCUUUAUCCAUAUAAUUCUUUAGUCGGUUCUUUAAUCCGUUGUGUUAUUGACAAGCUAAUGUCGUGUAGAUAGCUAACGCAGCACCCAUUGAUAAGGAUUCUUUUUACAACUCCCUUCUAACUCAAUAAAGCACUUCCUGUCAUAUGUAAAGAGAUCCGGGCUCAUCUCAUGCAGAUUUCUAACAUUUGUCUUUUUAGUAUGACAAUGAAGCUUCAGAACGUAUGAAGAGGAUGAAUUAUUCAGAGAACAAAUAAAGCCACUUCCUUUGUUAAUUCAAUCCAAAAGGUGAUGGUAUACGUAUGUAUUGCCCCAUCUUGUGGCCAAAACAAAAAAAUAUCCAAACAUCCCCUUGCUGCUGAGGAUUGGAACAUUCAGAUUACACUUAAAUUGAUAAAUAGGGUUAAAAGAUCUCCCAAAAUACUAAUUGACUUUCAAACUGAACACGUGCACCUCAGCCUUGAAGUUACACUCGUAAUGUUCUCCAAGGUAUGUCACUGGAAUCCUCUUUUCCCUUCGUUUGUCAUUUGGGAACGUGAAAUAAAACCAGUGUGAACAGACUGAAGAUUGUAAUAUAAAUGUGCCAACAAAUAAACCAGUAUUUCACAUUCA